AUGGCGUCGGUAUCGGCAUCGGCGUCCAAACCCGUCCAAGAGGACGCAUAUGCGUCAACCCUCGAAAACCGAGAUGAAGACGAGGCUCUUGAGUUCAUAGUCUACAGCUGCAGACAGGUCACUGUCUACAAAAUUCCGCCCAGAACACCCCAAGGUCACCGAGCAGAGAACUGGAAAGACGUGCUGUGGACGGGAAAGCUCCAAGUUGCCAGCAAGGGACGCAAGUGCUCGAUACGCUUGGUCGAUAGACAAACCGGAAACCUCUUUGCGGCCUGUCCGUUGCCGGAGAAGCACGAGGAAGCAGUUGAACGCGCUGUGGACAGUUCGCGGUAUUUCGUCGUACGCCUCGACAACGGAAAAGGUCGGCGCGCUUACGUCGGUGUCAGCUUCGCGGACCGUAACGACGCCUUCGACUUCACAUGCGCCUUGAACGACGAAGAGAGAGCCAAGUCCCUCCAGGCAUAUGCAGAAACGACGAGUGCAGAAAGCCAAACAGCCAGUCCCUUCUCUGGGCUCCUGCCUCCACCCCCCGAAAACACGAGCCGAGAAGGACAGGAGCCGGCAGGAUAUCGACUGGAAGGCUCAGGCAUCUCGAGCGAUUCGUUUUCCUUCGAGUUCACAGAUUUCCAGCGCGGCGAGUGA